GACUCAGGUCACACUCCUGUAAAAGUUGUUCAGGAUCCGAGACAUAGGAAAUGGUCUAAAACCAGAGAUCUUUCUCUUCCUGUCCCAAAAUUUAAGCUAGAUGAGCACUACGUGGGCCAGAUCCCUCUGAAGGAGGUGACUUUUGCUCGGCUCAAUGAUAACAUCAAGGAAUCCUUUCUCUGUGAGAUGUGCAAAAAGUAUGGUGACAUUGAGGAGAUUGAGAUUCUGUAUAAUCCAAAGAAUGGCAAACAUCUGGGUCUGGCCAAGGUGCUCUUCACCAGCACAAGGGGGGCGAAGGAGACAGUCAAAAACCUGCACAACACUUCAGUCAUGGGCAACAUCAUCCAUGCCCAGCUGGACAUCAAAGGUCAACAACGUAUGAAAUAUUAUGAACUGAUUGUGAAUGGCUCUUUCACACCCCAGACUGUCCCAACUGGAAGCAAAAUGUUGAAUGAAAAAUUCUCAACUGAUUUGUCAGAGUCUCGAAGACACCAUUCAGCCAAUUCAUUGUACCCGAGUAAUGCAAUGCCUUCAACGCCUGGCAAUGGCACCCCUUGUUCUCAGGACACUCCAUACUCUAGUGGCCGACAAGAAAUACCUUCUUAUGGCCAGUAUACACCACAGUCCCAGGGGACUCCUUAUACCCCUCGGGGCGGAACUCCAUAUUCACAGGAUUCUGCCUAUUCUAGCAGGCAAGGGACCCCAGGCUACUCAAGCUACCAGCCAGAGUCAACGUCAUACAAAUCCUCUCGGCACGAGAACAGCUUUUCGGAAUUGUACUUCCGCCAGCACUAUGCUUCAUCCAUAUCAUCAUCUUCAUCUUCCUCCACUCACUACCGCAGCAAUGACCAUCACUACCCCCCUUAUAGUCAGCAGUUUGGUGGCGGCAGCAGCAGCAGCGGUGUGGCCACAACCAGUAGUAGCCGAUAUCAACGCCUCUCAUCCACCUCAGGGCGAUUUUCCUCUUCCUCUCAUCACUAUCAUCCAAGAGAGGACUCUGGCUUCCAUUCCCGACACAGAGAACAUUCUCAACGGGUUGAUCCUACUCUUUCAUCCACAGUCACCACCACUACUCCUUCCACCUGUGUUGUCGCUGCAGCUUGCUCCUCAUCUGUGACAACAGCAUCAGAAAGCAUUCAGUUCCAGAACAGUCAUGGUUUUGCCCAGCAGAGUGUAGAACAUUUCCCAGCACCCAGUGUGCUCUACCCAUCUUACACAGCCACCCCAGAGCCCUUCUCUGUGCCUGCAGAACCCCAUGCUGUGGAUCAGGAUUACCGGCUACUCCCCACAGCAGAAACGUUUGCAGCCAACUCUCUGCCUCCCACAGAAUUUCUUGCUCAGGAAACUAAAGAGAACAUCAAUCCAGUAGUGACCGUAGCUCCAGGGAUUGAUGACCUAUCCCAUUCUGCUAUGCAGACCUCACCAGCCCGAUCUGGUUCCCCUGCCCCUGAGACUACCAAUGAGAGUGUACCAUUUGCUCAGCACAGCAGCUUGGACUCCCGCAUUGAGAUGCUGCUGAAGGAGCAGAGGUCCAAGUUUUCUUUUCUCAAUUCAGACACAGAAGAGGAAGAGGAAGAGAAAGGGGGGACCAAGGGAGCAAAGCCACAUGGCCCCUGCACCCCACCACCACCUCUUCCAGUCAGCUUUGAAGAUGUGGUGCCAGCCCUGUUUGUGGGAGCAGGAGAUGAAUCCCCAAAGGCUAAUGGGCAAGACAGAGUAAGUUUUCAGG